AAGGUGGAUGUGCUUGCUGAUUUUGCUGAAGUGACUAUAUUUGAAACAUUUUAAUUCUGUUGUUAAAUGUGAAAAUGACUGAAAUUCAAGAAAGUGCUUCUGAUUGCGUUACGGUGGAUUGUGAUAAUGCAAAUUACAAUUUAUUGACUGAUUUGUCACCGAGACCACCUGUUGAUAUCGAGUUUCAGGAUUUGACUUAUGCUGUGAGGACUGGAGGAAAUGGUCAGAAAAGUAUUUUGCGAGGAGUAAGCGGAUGCUUUCGUUCUGGGGAGUUGACAGCUAUCAUGGGAAUAUCUGGAGCGGGCAAAAGUACUUUGCUAAACAUAUUGGCUGGAUACAAGGCAUACGAAGCUACUGGUUCUAUACUCGUCAAUGGAUCUCCUCGAGAUAUUCGAUUAUUUCGCAAAAUGUCUCGGUAUAUCAUGCAAGAAGAUUUACUACAGCCGCGACUCACAGUUGCAGAAGCUAUGAAAAUUUCAGCAGAUCUCAAAUUGGGCAAUGAAAUUAGUACUGAACAGAAGGAACACUUGAUAUCCGAAAUCUUAUCAAUGCUGAGGUUGAACAAAACAAGAAAUACAACAACUUCUAGACUAUCAGGUGGAGAAUGUAAAAGACUUUCCAUUGCGCUUGAGAUGGUGAAUAAUCCACCUGUAAUUUUCUUAGAUGAACCUACAACCGGCCUGGACGACAUGGCCUCGUCGCAGUGCGUCCAGCUCCUGAAACACGUGGCAUCGGGCGGCCGGACUGUGAUUUGUUCGAUCCACACCCCGUCGGCCAAAUUGUUUGCGAUGUUCGACCACGUUUACAUUGUAGCGGCCGGUCAAUGCAUUUACCAGGGCGCGGGCGAAUACAUCGUGCCCUAUUUGAGCUCAUUGGGACUUCAUUGCCCCAUACAUUAUAACCCAGCUGAUUUUGUGAUAGAAGUUUCAAGUGGUGAGUACGGAGAGCAUAAUGAAAGGAUGGUCGCCGCCAUAGAAAAUGGACGUAGAAAAAAGUGGAUGCCUUUAGACAUGGAAUUAAUAAACGAACAACAAGAUAAAUAUAUUUCAACACGAUCAAAACAACGGCAUUUCAACGAAGAACUUAAAGCAGAAUAUUUCAAAAGGAGAACUACAUUUUGGCAACAGUUCAAAAUACUAUUUUGCAGAAAAGUAUUACAAGAUUAUCGAAAUCCGGGCAACAUGUGGUUGAAAAUAGUAUUAUAUAUUUUCCUAGCUUUAUUAUUAGGAAGCACAUACUAUGGAAUGGGAAAUGAUGCCUCGAAAACGCUGUUUAAUUUUGGAUAUUGCUUUACGUGUACAAUAAGUUUUUUGUAUUUGCCGAUGUUGCCUUUAUUAUUAAGUUUUCCAACAGAUGUGCAACUAUUAAAACGCGAACAUUUCAACCGGUGGUACUCCCUUAACUCGUACUACGUGGCUAUGACUUUAUCCAGGCUUCCUCUACAACUUUUUGUCUGCGUUGUUUACGUCUCCAUAACUUACACUUUGUCUGGGCAACCUCUGGAGAUUUCUAGGGCGGCAAUGUUCCUGUGCACAUGCAUUCUUUUGGCACUAGUUUCCGAAGCUAUGGGUGUUGCUAUUGGAUCUACCUUAAAUGUGAUUAACGCCAUGUUCGUGGGUCCUUGUGUAUCUGUACCUCUUAUGCUUUUGGCAGUUUACGGAUAUGGAUCCGGAACCAACUACAUACCCAUCCAUAUAAAAAUCGCCAUGGCCUUAGAUUACAUGCGUUAUGGAAUGGAAGGGCUAAUAUAUGCCACCUAUGGAAACGACAGGCCCGAUCUCAUUUGCCCUGAGGAAGAAAUCUAUUGUCAGUACAAGAAACCAAAAUACAUCAUGCAAGAAAUGGGAAUGUCAAAUGUAACAUUUUGGUAUGAUGCUAUGGCUUUGAUUAUUAUAUUCAUCAUGUGCAACUUUUUGUGUUUAUAUUUGUUGAAACAAAGGUUGAACAGAGGUAAAACCUUUGCGGCAUUGUAUUAUGUGAGGAAAUUAAUAGAAUCGAAGAUCAGUUUGACUAGAUCUAAUAGAUGAA